AUGUCACAACUACAUACUAACUCUAAAGAGGUUCACGCUUCUAGUAGUAAUAGCCAGGAUGAUAAGCUCCAGAAACGUAGAGCCCGUUUAGCGGCAUGGAACCAGAAGAAAGCCAGCUCCGAAAAGAGCGAAAACAACGAAGAUAAGAAACCGAAAAUAGAACUGCUGAAGCUACAGGAAUGGAUAAAAAGGCGCCAGCAGAAGUCUGCUACACCAGAAGUACCCAGUACAGAAGCAUCUCAGAAACCUACAUCAAUAAAGCCCAUUCUUAGGGCGAGACUUAGCACUCUGUCUUCGAAGCAGACACAACUAGUACCAAAAAAACGGUCCAUCUUUGACGACGACGAUGAACAGGAUGAUGCUAAGACGGCUAAAAAGGACUUUCGUAUACCUAACGAGAAGAAAUUACCGGCUUCGACCGAGGAACAAGAGAGUGAAGACGAAGAGAAAGUUCUUGAGCGAAUACGGCAGGCGGAGUCUGGAACAUCAUUUUUGGUAGAGCUGGGUUUUGAGCAGGAUCUUGGAGCUGAUUCGGGAAUCAGUGGCAGCGAAGGAGAUGAAGAAGACGACGAAGAAGGUCAGCAACGACUUUUGAGUGAAAAGUUGCAGAAGUUAACUAACAAGGAAAAGAAGCUCAUGGCUUUAGAUUAUACACAAAUGGAGUACACUUCGGUCAGGAAAAAGUUCUAUACUCCCCCUGAAGAACUCAAAGAUGUUCCUCCCGAAAAAGUUACAGCUUUAAGAACCGCUAUGGAUGGGAUAAAGGUGCGUGGUUCAGAUUGUCCAAUGCCUAUACAAAAGUGGGCACAGUUGGGGCUUCCCUCGUCCAUUAUGACGGUUCUUGAAGAGAAACUUGGCUACGAUACCCCAUCCCCAAUCCAGUCUCAAGCAUUACCAGCAAUCAUGUCGGGCCGUGAUAUUAUCGGAGUGGCCAAUACUGGGUCUGGUAAAACUCUUGCCUUUGUGAUUCCCCUUAUUAGGCAUAUUAUGGACCAGCCACCAUUGAAGUCUGGAGAUGGUCCUAUAGGAGUGAUCUUGACUCCCACACGAGAGCUAGCUUUACAAAUCCAAAAAGAGUUGGUCAACUUCACACAAGCCGUUGAGCUUUCUGUGUGCUGCUGUUAUGGUGGAUCUCCCAUCGAGUCUCAGAUAGCGGAUUUGAAACGAGGCACAGAAAUCAUAGUGGGAACUCCAGGACGUGUAAUUGACCUCUUGGCAGCAAACGGUGGAAGGGUAACGAACUUGCGACGAACUACUUUUUUGGUGCUAGAUGAAGCCGACCGAAUGUUUGAUAUGGGUUUUGAGCCGCAAGUCAACAAAGUUCUUUCUCAAAUAAGACCUGAUAAGCAGAUGGUACUUUUUUCGGCUACUUUUCCCAAAAAGUUGGAAUCACUCGCAAGAAGCUUUUUGGUUGAUCCGAUAGAGAUUGUAGCGGGUGGUAUAAGUGUGGUAGCACCCGAAAUUACGCAACGGGUUGUGUUGAUUGACGAUUCAGGAGACAUAUCGCAGAAGAAGCUACAAGCAUUGCUCAAGAUCGUUGACGAAUUCUCCGUCGAGGACCCAGAGGGCAAGAUUUUGAUAUUUGUUGAUAAACAGGAAGCCGCUGAUGACUUGAUGGUUCGACUUUUGAAUAAUCAAAUUCUGUGCAUUGUGAUCCACGGAGGAAAAGAUCAAGUGGACCGAAAACAUGCAAUCAAGCAAUUUUCCGAUAAGAAUGGACUUCGAGUUCUCAUAGCCACUUCUAUCGCUGCUCGUGGUCUUGAUGUAAGAGGGUUGAAUUUGGUUAUAAACUACGACGCCCCAAGUCAUAUGGAAGACUAUGUUCAUCGUGUUGGUCGUACAGGUAGAGCUGGAGCCACCGGAACGGCUGUGACGCUCGUGCUAUCCAGUCAAGAAAGAGAGAUCAGAGACUUGGUGAGAGCUAUGAAGAUGAGUGGAAAAGUCGAUGAUAUUCCUGCUGAAUUGCAAAGUAUAGCAGACAAGUUUUUGAAGAAGGUCAAAUCUGGCGAGGAAAAGUUCAAUUCUGGCUUUGGAGGAAAGGGCCUUGAAAAUUUACAGGAGAGGCGUGACAAUGUGAGAGAAAUAGAGAUGCAGAUGUAUGGAGAUAAGGUGAAGGAAACCAAUGGGGUAUCCAAUUCCUCAGCGGGAAGAAAAGCACUUGGUACUCCAGAGGCAGCUGAAAUAGCAGGAAUCAAGCUUCCUGAUUUUGAUAUCGUUGAAGGUAGAGCACCAGAGACCUCUGGACCUGACAGAUGCAAAUUUCACUCCAGAAUCGAAAUCAACGACUUGCCUCAAAAAGCGAGGUGGGUGGUGGUUAAUCGUGAUAGUUUGUCCAAGAUUAUCGAUGCUACCUCUACGUCAAUUACAAGCAAAGGUCAAUAUUAUCCUCCAAAUUCCAAGUUGCCCAAACCUACCAUCAAAUAUGGACGUGAAAUCCCACCUCCGCCUAAACUUUAUUUGCUUGUGGAGGGCCUAACAAAGUCAGCAGUACAGGAAGCCAACAAGCUUCUCCGUCAGAAAAUGAUAGAGGGUGUGGAUGUUGCAACAGAAGAGGAUGCCAAGGCCCCAAUUGGUCGAUACAAUGUAUAG